AUGGAAGGCAAAGAGCCAAGCUGCAACCUGCAAAGCAAUGGUCGCUAUAGGGUCACAAUCCUAGUCAGCGGGACGCGGGGGGCGGGGGCCGGGUGGCGCAGCGGGCGAGCGGCGGCAGCAGGCGGCGUGGACGCCGGUGAGGAGGAGGGGGGCGGCGAGCCACGCCCAGAGCGAGCCGACGGCCGCCGCCGCCGCCGGCGGGAGCCCCUCCGCUCCAAAUGCCCCUGUAUCUCUCUGUUCGUCGCGGAACUUUGCCGUCCUGAUCUCUCCCUUGGGGGAAACAUCUCGUUGCAGAUCUCCUACGCCGCCGCGGGCUGCUCCUCCAGGCUAUUCUCCACGGCGCUUAACUACCACCUCGAUUCGCCGGAAAACAACUCCGACAUGCCGUGGGAGUCCAAGGAGGCCAACAUGAAGAAGGUGCUAUUUGCCUCGUUCAUUCGUUUCUCUCAGUCUGUUGGAGGGAGUUUCUAGGAGGAUUGGGAGUUUAAAGGAUGAGGCUAUUAACUGUUUUGUUUGAUUGGGGGACAUGGGAAUUUUGGUGUGAUGGGGAUGGAGAAUUGAGGAAUGAACUCCCUCAUUUUCAAUACCUGAGUAGGGGCAGGUAAUUGGGAGGGAAUUCCUCCUUUACUUCGCCUAAACAAAUCUCAGCCAUCCGUUUUUAUUAAUGAUCUAAUCUCCAACUAAA